AUGGCUCGUUUGCAGGACAAAGAACAUGAGGCGGCUAAGCUCUCACGCCGGAAGACUAUAGGUGAUACUGGUCAUACAGGCGAUGUGAGGCGCAACCUCGAUGCUUCCAGUGAUAAUGGUGCCUCGAGCGGCGCCGACAACGAUGAUGACGAGGACGAUGACGAUGACGAUGAAGAUGAAGCCGAGUUGCAUGCACGUCACCCCUACUAUAAUUAUGCGUUGGAGAAGCACGAUGUGUCAACCGAUAGCAAGUUGUUCUAUCAACGCCACAGGAUGGGCACAAAGGGCGAACAGGAACUGGGGAGCCCCUUACUACUCAGCAAAUCCAAAACACUACCACCAGGUUGGCUCGAAGGCCACAGUACCAUGUUAGGCAGAUCACCUAGCAUCAAAUCGAAUCAAUCCAUCUCUGGCCGCCAAGAUCCACAGAGGGCACCUACAAUCAAUACUCGAGGAGAGCCAUUCCCAAGUUUACAAGAUCAAGCUGUUGCCCACAGAGAGAACAUUCAAGAUUUUGCACUUGCGGCUGAUAUGCAGGCUAGGAGUCAUCAAAACCACCCGAACCUCCCACACGAGUACAAGGACCCUCUCUUAGCCAACGUCAAUCUACAUGGGGCUGGUGCAGCUAUAGGGGUUGGCUCAGGCGCUGGCGGCUUCGCUAAGACCGAAGGAACGGUGGUUUCCGAAGUACAAGGCGUCUGUGAUAAGAUCAAACACAUACUAGAUCUACGACGCGCUUAUCUGAAGGUAUCUAAUCAAUGUCCUGGCGACAAUCCUAGGGAUGAUGAAAGUUGGGAUAUCUACCCUCCUGCUCCAGGACCUGUAUGGACGGAUGAAAAGACACGAUCUGCACCACAACAGGAUAGCACGACAAGUAUGAGCAGUAGCAUCCACGAGACCCAACCUAAGCAAAACGGAGAAAGCAUAGCACGACUCCAAUCCACCACCAGUUUUGUGGGUUCUGAAAAAGGACCGCAGUCCCCAUCUACAAGAAGAAGAAGAAAGUACGGGCACGAUAUUGGUGAAGAUUUUGACAUGGAUGAAGUCUACAUUCCUGGUGAGGCGAACAACGGAUUCACCUUUGAGCUUGAUAAAGGUAGUGUCUUUCAAGUUCUUGACAAAAAGAAAAACUCAAUUGCAGACGUGCCAACCCUGCGAGACUACUACUCGGCUUUGGAUAGCAUCAUUGAUAUUUCGUCUGACGGUCCUGCGAAAAGUUUCGCUUACCGAAGGUUGCAGUAUCUUGAAGGCAGAUACAAUCUUUAUGCACUAUUGAAUGAGUACGAAGAGGUGGCCGAUACGAAAAAGGUUCCACAUCGCGACUUCUACAAUGUGCGAAAAGUCGAUACACACGUUCACCACUCAGCAUGUAUGAACCAAAAGCAUUUACUUCGCUUCAUCAAAAGCAAGAUGAAAAAGUGCCCGGAUGAAGUGGUCAUCGAUCGGGAUGGUCAGACGCUGACUUUGAAGGAGGUGUUUGAGAGUAUCAAUCUCACAGCAUACGACCUCAGUAUUGACACUCUGGAUAUGCAUGCUCACACAGACUCGUUUCAUCGAUUUGACAAGUUCAAUCUGAAGUACAACCCUAUUGGACAGUCCCGUCUGCGUGAUAUCUUCCUGAAAACUGACAACUUUAUCAAAGGCCGAUACUUGGCGGAGAUUACGCGCGAGGUCAUAGCUGAUCUUGAGUCAAGCAAAUACCAGAUGGUGGAGUGGAGGAUCAGUAUUUAUGGUCGCAAUGUUAAAGAGUGGGACACGUUGGCUGCUUGGGUCGUGGACAACAAGCUAUUCUCACCCAACGUUCGCUGGCUGAUCCAGAUACCAAGAUUGUACUCCCUCUACAAGUCGAUGAAGACUGUCGAGAAUUUUGAGCAGUUAAUCAUCAACAUCUUUCAACCUCUUUUUGAGGUUACUAAGGACCCAUCUUCUCAUCCCAAGCUGUAUAUAUUCUUGCAGCGGGUUAUAGGCUUUGACAGUGUCGAUGACGAGAGCAAGCCAGAGAGGAGAUUCUACAAGAAGUAUCCAACAGCCAAAGAAUGGGAUACGAAACAGAAUCCUCCUUACGGGUAUUGGAUUUAUUAUCUCUUUGCAAACAUGACAUCCCUAAACGCAUGGCGCAAGGAGCGUGGGUUCAACACAUUCGUUUUGCGGCCACAUUGUGGUGAGGCAGGCGACACAGAGCACCUUGCCAGCGCAAUAUUGGCCUGCCAUAGUAUCAGCCACGGCAUCAUGUUGAGGAAGGUACCAUUGAUGCAGUAUAUCUUCUACCUCGAUCAGAUCGGCGUCGCCAUGUCGCCACUAAGCAACAACGCGUUGUUCCUCACCUAUGAUCGAAAUCCCUUCAUCAGCUAUUUCAAGAAGGGACUCAACGUCUCGCUUUCCACAGAUGAUCCAUUGCAAUUUGCAUUCACAAAAGAGCCGUUAAUCGAAGAAUAUUCUGUCGCUGCACAGAUCUACAAACUGAGUGCUGUAGAUAUGUGUGAGCUUGCGAAGCAUUCUGUGGACCAGUGUGGGUUUGAGUUGCAGCUGAAGCAGUGGUGGCUUGGUAAAUACUGCUACUUGCCUGGUGUGCUCGGCAACGAUGUAGGGAAAUGUAACGUGCCAGACCUGCGAGAAGCGUUCAGACAUGAGACAUUGAAAUCUGAACACGCAUUUAUCGCGAAAUACACAGAAGAUUAUAGCCACUUCGAUCGACACACACCUGUUUUUCCAGACCCAACACAGCAGGAUGCUCCAGUGACUGAGCUAUACCGAAGUCUAGAAUCACCUAGGCAGUACUACGCGACUGUGGCAGAUUCUAUACCCGACCCCAGAACAGCUAGAAUUCCUUCGUCAAAAUCGAUACAGGAUCUGCAGUCGCUGGACAGGCAACCAUCACCACUACAACGGAGAGCCUCUAUCAUUCAGCCUCAGGUAGUGGGAAGCGAUCAACAUAUCUCUGCAUCGGAGCCAAGAGUCUUCCCAGGACUUGUCCACGAAAGACAUCGCAGACAGAGCACACGACGCAGGAGCCAGAACGGCACCGACGACGGACAUGGAACGGGCUCCGAGAUGAGCUCUAGUUUUCAUCUUGAGCCUGCAAUGAUGAAGAUGAAGAUCAAGGAGGGAAAGGAAGCGAGCAUGGAGAGCUCUGACUGA